AUGGGGAAUGGAUAAUGUUGCAAAAGAGUUGAGAGAGUCGAAACUUUAGAAGUUGAUAACAGUCCACCUUAAAAUACGAAACAUGCUUCACCAUUCGAAGAGCCAUAACAAAUGGUUUCGUCCUCUGAUUCAGAAGAGGAAUAUCAGCCUCAGAAGCAUCAGUUUGGAGUAUUUAAGGAGAGACACAAAUCCUCUUAGCUAUCAACUGGUCCACAAUAUUCUUUUUAAACUCUACCAUCUGAAUAAUAAUUCUCCAAUUUUGUGACCUUCCAAGCUAUUCCAUCUCAGUAAGGAAUUCAUAAUAAUGUAUUCUCCAAAUUCCAAAAAGAGAUGAAUCAGUUUGCAAAUAAGGAAACCAAAAAUUAAAAGAACUUGAAAAAAUAAUGA